AAAAAAAAAAAAAAAAAAAAAAAAAAAAAAAGAACAAAAAGAAGAAAAGAAGUCUACGGGACAAAGUGGUUCCGAGUGUCAACUUUUGGUUCAAGCUUGAAGUGUGCAAAUGUACAGGCCCAAAUUGGUUAUGAGAGCUUCAUCGGUAGCCACUGCAAAAGAAGAAUAAAUUGAUCAAGCUCAAGCUCUGUGAAUAUGAUCGACAAUUAGUAUUGUGCUAAGAGAGCAAGAUAACACCUUAACACCUUAUUUAUUUACAUCGGAAAAGGGAAAGAGAGAGACUUGGGAGAAGAUGAAGAUAGUGGUGACCGGCGCGUCUGGAUAUUUGGGGGGCAGAUUGUGCCACGCUCUCCUGCGAGAGGGCCACUAUGUUCGCGCCUUGGUACGGCCCACCAGCGAUCUCUCCGCCCUCCCUCCACUCUCCACUGCCGGAGCUGAUGGUGCUUCCCUAGAAAUCGUCUACGGUGAUAUCACCGACUAUCCCUCGCUCCUCUCUGCCUUCUCCAGUUGCCACGUUAUCUUCCAUUCAGCCGCCGUUGUCGAGCCCUGGCUUCCCGACCCUUCCAAGUUCUUCUCCGUCAACGUAGGGGGAUUAAAGAACGUGUUGCAAGCUGUUAGAGAGACGAAGACGGUAGAGAAGGUUGUAUAUACGUCGUCGUUUUUUGCUCUGGGACCAACGGAUGGAUAUGUUGCCGAUGAGAGUCAAGUCCAUCAGGAGAAGUAUUUCUGCACAGAGUACGAGAAAUCGAAGGUUGCUGCUGAUAAGAUUGCAUUAGGAGCAGCUGCGGAAGGGCUGCCAAUAACAGUUGUAUAUCCGGGAGUCAUUUACGGUCCAGGCAAGGUCACUACGGGGAAUAUAGUUGCUCGCCUGCUUGUUGAACGAUUUAAUGGACGGCUACCUGGUUAUAUAGGAUCUGGAUUUGAUAGAUAUUCGUUUAGCCAUGUAGAUGAUGUAGUAGAGGGGCAUAUUUCAGCAAUGAACAAAGGUCGAGCUGGUGAAAGAUAUCUACUAACAGGAGAAAAUGCAUCAUUCAAGCAUGUUUUUGAUAUGGCUGCUAUAAUCACCGAAACGAAGAAGCCCAUAUUUAACAUCCCCUUAUGGUUGAUUGAGGUAUAUGGAUGGGUAUCAGUUCUUUUCUCUCGACUUCUGGGAAAGCUUCCUCUAAUCAGCCCCCCGACAGUCUAUGUUUUAAGACAUCAAUGGGCAUAUUCCUGUGAGAAGGCCAAAGCAGAGCUGGAUUAUAAUCCUAGAAGCUUGAAAGAAGGACUGGAAGAGGUGCUACCCUGGUUGAAGAACUUGGGGUUGAUAAAAUACUAAGGAUAGUCCCUAAUCUUCAUGAAGCAACUUUACACCUCAAUUUGGGGGGAAAUUUGCCAAAUGCUCUUGGCAAUCCACAUAGAAAAGCUGAGAAAUGAACGAGGAGUUGAGAAAAUGUAUGUGUUGUCAACCUUUGUUGAGCACAGAGUUGAUUGCAUGAAAAAGUCAUUCAAUAUGUGGUAAUGUGUUUACAUGAUAAACUUAACCUGAGUCGACUUAUACGGAAGAAUUUGCCGGACAAAUUAAUGUACUUUGCAUGGCCCAAGUGCCUCUCUACUUUA